AUGGAAAAUCAUGGCGUGUCGAGCUUCGAUGAUGGAAUCGACCCAAUAUCUUCUCCCUUCGACAGUGUCGAUUCGGCCACAACUCCAGGCACCGAGUACUCGCCACCGGUGAGUCCCAUUGCAAAGAAGAUUGCUCUGCAAGACAGCCGAAAGACGGCGCGUGAGAAGCUCGCAGAGCUGAGCCUGGAAGAAAAGGUAUCGCUUCUCACAGCGGCCGACUUUUGGCGCACCAAAUCCAUUCCAAAUAAGGGGAUACCGGCAAUAAAGACUAGUGAUGGGCCGAAUGGCGCUCGAGGCGGAAUAUUUGUAGGCGGUACGAAGGCUGCGCUUUUUCCAUGCGGAAUCUCCCUGGCUGCCACAUGGAACAAGAGGCUACUAUACGAAGUCGGACAGCAUCUAGCGGAAGAGACCAAAGCGAGAUCAGCCAAUGUUCUUUUAGCGCCGACAGUUUGUAUGCACAGACAUCCUCUUGGAGGCAGAAACUUUGAAUCGUUCUCUGAGGAUCCUCUGUUGACUGGAAAACUUGCCAGUCAAUACAUCCAAGGUCUUCAAUCAAAGGGUGUAUCGGCAGCUAUCAAGCACUUUGUUGCCAAUGAGCAAGAAACUUUUCGAAUGACCAUUGACUCUGUAAUGAUGGACCGCCCCUUGAGGGAGAUUUACCUUCGCCCCUUUGAGAUCGCUGUCCGAGAAGCGAAUCCGUGGGCAGUUAUGUCAUCGUAUAACCUUGUCAAUGGUGUUCAUGCCGACGAAAACGUCUACACCCUCAAGAACAUUCUUCGCGGCGAAUGGGGUUACGAUGGCGCGGUCAUCUCGGACUGGGGCGGUACCAACUCGACGGUCGAGGCCCUCCGAGCCGGUUGUGAUAUCGAGUUUCCCUACUCAACGAAAUGGAGGUUUGACAAGGUUCUCAAGGCCCUAGGAGAUGGCAGUCUGUCGCGAGAAACAAUUGAUCAAGCAGCAGAAAAUGUCUUGACACUCGUUGAGCGAACAAAGAGCGGCGACAUGUCUGAAGAGCAGCCAGAACGUGAAGAGAACCGAGAAGAAACCAGAUCUCUUAUUCGCCGAGCUGGUACCGAGGGUCUCACACUGCUGAAGAACGAAGGCUCGCUUCUACCAAUCAGCAAUACAAAGACGACAAAGAUCGCAGUGAUUGGACCCAAUGCAAACCGAGCCAUAGCUGGGGGUGGUGGCAGUGCCAGUCUCAACCCCUACUACAACACUCUACCCCUCGACAGUAUUCGUGCCGUUGCAAGAGGCCAGGUCAGCUAUGCUCAAGGCUGUCACAUUUACAAGUGGCUGCCGGUCGCCUCGGCGUUCUGCACUGACAAGUCUGGAAGACCCGGUGUCACGUUGGAUUGGUUCCGCGGCGAUCAGUUCGAAGGUGAGCCAGUUGUACAGCAGCGCCGAACAAAUACAGAUCUUUUCCUUUGGGACUCGGCACCACUCGUUGAGACAGGCCCGAAAUGGUCUGCGACUGCAACCACCUAUAUCAAUCCAACGGAAACAGGCAAGCAUACCAUUAGCUACAUGAGUGUUGGGCCGGGUCGACUGUUUGUUGACGGAAAGCUGGCUCUGGAUUUGUGGAAUUGGACUGAGGAGGGAGAGGCAAUGUUUGAUGGCUCCAUUGAUUACAUGGUGGAUGUUGAGAUGCAGGUCGGCAAGCCUGUCGAGCUUCGUGUCGAGAUGACGAAUGAGCUCCGACCAGUCUCAAAGCAGAAGACAUUUCACAUGACACACAGGUAUGGUGGUUGUCGAAUCGGCUUCAAACAAGCUGACGCCAUUGACUACCUACAAGAGGCCGUGGACGCAGCAGCAGAAGCGGAUGUGGCUGUGGUGAUUGUCGGCCUGGAUGCCGAGUGGGAGUCGGAGGGAUACGACCGCAAGACAAUGGACCUCCCCUCAGACGGCAGUCAAGACCGUUUGGUGGAAGCCGUCCUUCAAGCCAAUCCGUGCACGAUUGUGAUCAAUCAAUCGGGAUCCCCCGUCACUAUGCCGUGGGCUGACAAGGUUCCAACAAUCUUGCAAGCUUGGUACCAGGGACAGGAGGCUGGCAACGCACUGGCUGAUGUGCUGUUUGGAGUCCAAAACCCUAGUGGGAAGCUGCCCUGCACGUUCCCUCGACGAAUCGAGGACACACCCGCUUACCACAACUGGCCGGGUGAAAACCUUCGAGUCUUGUAUGGAGAAGGACUGUAUAUAGGCUACAAACACUACGAACGUAGCCACAUCUUGCCGCUGUUCUCUUUUGGGCACGGACUCUCAUACACGAGUUACGAGUAUGGUAGAGUCUCCUUGAGCAAGAGAAUACUCAUGGACAAUGACCCGAUACAUCUCAUCAUGGCAGUGACCAAUGUUGGCGCUGUCACUGGCGCGGAGACUGUGCAAAUCUACGUCCGGGACGAGAAGUCAAAAUUACCACGGCCAGACAAGGAACUUGUGGCAUUCGAAAAGGUCUUUCUCGAGCCGGGCGAGACAAAACACAUAACAGUGUCGUUGGAUAAGUACGCUGUUGGUUACUACGAUGACUCUCUUCGUUCAUGGAUUGCGGAAGAGGGAACUUUCAAGGUUCUCAUUGGGGCAUCCUCGAGCGACAUUAGGCAAACUGUCUCCUUUGAUGUUCAAGAGUCAUUUGUAUGGGUAAAGUAG